AUGACGCUCAAACUCCUCCCUGACAUAAAGUUGCUUGUAGGGCACAUUUCUGGGCUCUCCCAUCAUCCGGAGGCCGGUCAACGAGCAGUGAAUAAUGAUGGAGUAAUUAAACACGCAGUUAGACGAGUAGAUGCGGCUAAGCGACAGGCUGGGGCAGCUUGUGACUGUUUCAGAACCUCUACCGAAGUUCAAUCGUCCUCUCCUAAGCUACUUUCCACACCGCGGAGUUUAGUCCAUCCCCUCCCAGACAUAACUCAACUCGCGGAUCACUUUUCUCGCUCGUCAAACGCCGAGGAGAUCAAGGCCGCUCGUCGAGCAGCCGAGUCGCGUCUAAGCGUCGGGGCGGGACAGCCAGCCGCGCCGCUUGUACUCAGGCAGCAGCCGCUUGACAAUGGCUUCCUCGAAGAGAUAGACGAGCGACAUGGAGCUGCUCGUCAAUCUCCUGAAUUGAGAAGACCUAAUCCAACAGAUAGUUAUAGGCGAUAA